AGCAGACCAGACCGGAUAGGCCUUCCCUUCUGAAUCAGAUCGGCAUGAUCAUCCGUACCUUCCUCUGUCUCGAUCAAGAAGCCUACUUUCAAUGACAAAGGGCGACGAUUGUGCGCCGGUGAGACCAAUGCGCCGACCACCGAGGUGAUGGAGCCGCACCCGCAGCUUCAAAGGAGAAGAAUACCUCUCUGGGAGUCAUGUCGAAUUCUUCUAUGGGACAUUACAGACAGUACUACGAUUCGCAAAACCACAAUUCGACAGCCGACCCCAACACACAAAAGGCUACAAACCAGUCCUAUAACGGCUACGGCCAGUAUCCUAACAAUGACCGGUCGCAGUAUGCGCCACCAAGUCUGGCAUGGAACACCAGCCUCCAACAAACUUAUGGAAACGCUCCACGUCAAGACACACGUCAGAUCGAUUCGUGGCAGAAUAAUACCACUCAGAACUCGGGGUUUGAUGGCCAGAGGCAUGUGACAGACUAUGCGCAGCACCCUGCAUCAGGAUCCAAUGGCCCUCCCUACCAGUACUCUAUGAACUCCAACACAUCCACCUCCCAGAAUACCCAGGGUCUGAACAAUCUCGCCUAUGUCUCUGUGCAUGAUACCGGGGCCCAACAGAGAAACGGCCACGGUGCGCAACAAUCCAGUGUGUCCACAGUAUCUUCUACACCCUCGAUGGUAAAUGAGGCACACAGGAUUAAGUCUCCAUCUUUCCCAUCGCAGCCACAACCUCAUUCCCGUUCUCAGUCGCAAUCAGUCUACAACUCAAAUGUGGGACCAGGCACUCACUCCUCAUAUCAAGAGUCACACCCAACCAACACUCAGCCUUCAUCGUCUGCAGCCGCAACCGCUUUAGCAGGUGCCGUCAGUCGUUGCUAUCCGCAAGCAUCAAAUCAGAUCGGUCAAGCUUCAAUGUCUCCUACCGGGAAUCCUUCAAGGCCUGCGACUCAGAAUACCAUUAGUCGGACGGCUUCGCCACAUUUCCAUGCCUCGUCCUCGAUUACUCAGACACAAGCGCCACCAGUUCCUUGCCAAUCUGUACCCAACAGUACACAUGUCCGUAGUUUGCCCAAACCUCAGAUUGAAGAAUCUGCGCCCGUGCAAAACAAGAGACGAAAAACAAGCCAUGCAAAUACUGAACAGGUGCUGCCUGUCAACAGUAUUUCUAACCUUGUGACACGAAAUGUCGAAAACGAACCUCCUGCAGCGCUGUAUUCCAUGGCUGGUGAUAAUGCUAAUGACAUGCCCAAUUAUAUAGACCCGACACAGGUCUUCAACCCCUACCACAAAGAACAUGAGCGCCGCCGGAGAGAAGCAGCUCAAGCAGAGGCCGAGGCAGAAGCAAGACGAAGAGCGGACGCAGAGGUCGCAGAGAAACGUAGAUUGGAGGCAGAAGCUGAGAGUCGGAGACUUGCUGCUGAAGCUGAGAGACUGCAUACUGCAGGAGAACAGGCGACGAGACAGCGGGAGAACGCAGCAACUCCUCUUUCAGGUGUUCGAAAAACAGCUCCCUUGCCCAAACAGCAACAAGCAGUUGACAAUCCAACGACAAAUCCUACUACAGAUCAGGUUGAAGCAGACAUGGCAGCCGAAAUGAAGGCGAUGAUGGAGAAGAUGAAGGUCUUCCGCAGUAAAGAUCCGGCCAUGUUUCAAAAAUUAUGGGAUGAUAUGCGCAAGCCUGGCCAGCAAGGAGCAGCCACUUCUACCGGACCGACGCAGUCUCCAUCGCCGCAUCUGAAUCAAUCCACAGCUGUCCAGGCGCCACAGAUCACACAGUCUCAGCACGCACCUCUUUCUCAAACGAAACAGCAAUCAACGGGGUUAACCCAUCAAGACUCGGUGCUCAGUCCUCAAAAGCCAUCAGCCACAGCGACAACACAACAACAGUCUGCCAAAUCGAACUCUCAAACCCCCAACAGGCACCGAGUUGUUGUCGAGAAUAACCCGGAAGGCCUGCCUGACUUGGGACGCUUCCCUGCAGAGCGCCGCAAUCGGUAUGGCAGGUCUUCGAAGCAGAAUGAGGCCAGCGCUGCUUCAGUACCACCAGCCCCGGCGAGCAACACUAUUGUACAGUCAACCCCAAGCCAGGCGCCUAGUGAGGCUUACCCCGGAGAAGUGGCGGCAUCGCUACCCCAAUCAAUCUCAUCAACAGCUGCUACUGUUCAUCAAGCGGCCUCAAGUCAAGUUUCUGCUCGUCCGAAGUCACCGUUAGUCAAUAGGCCUAGCGGUAACACUGUCUGGCCUGAGGAAAAGAGAAAUGCUCUUGCUGACGCGGCUGUGUCUCUUCUCAAAGGCUUGCCAGGCAAUGCGAAUAUCGAACUUGCAAGCUCCGAGGUUCAUGCAAUGCUCGAGAAAAAUCCUAGCUACAUUGAGCUGUGCAUACUUCUCGAAAGUAAAGGAUUGAGGUUUCAUCGAGGGCACUUUGCUCGACAGUUGCUGAACAGUGUACCUUAUUUGAACGCACCUACACCACCCAAGGCUUCUGAGACAGCGCAACAGCAACAGCAACCUCAGCCAUCGCCCUUGCCUUCGCAAUCUCUCACACAACCGCCUCCUGCAGCUCUACGAACCCCAACACCACAUCAACCAACGGCAAUCACAGGUGCUGUAGGUCCUCAUAUGACACCCAGUGGCAAUACAGCAAGCACAAACUUUCCAGCAGUUACGCCCCUUCAAUUCCCAACCUCUAAUAGCGUGGUCAUGUCUGUGAAGCAUGAAAAACCAUACAACAGGCCUUCAAAGAUACAAAAAUCCAUUCCGUCUCGACCAGAACCACCGCCGGGAUCAAAAGAAGCAAUGGCCAGGAAACAAGAUUUUUCAGAAUUGAUUGAUCUCACAGCGCUAGGCGACAAUGAUGAUUAUGUCAUGUCGAGCAGUCACUCACCACCCAGACAGCCAUCCCCCGAACCAGACUCGCUCCGAGGUUAUAACCAGCAGACGAUGUCAACACCAAGCGGCCCAGCACGAUUUCCCGCCUGGGAAGCGUUUGCUUCAAACGAGCGAAUAAUAUUCUCUCAACCAGUGAGUGUCCAGCAACCUCAGCACCUCAUGGGUCUUCCGAAGCCGCCGCAAGGUCCUCGUCCGCCUACCAAGAACCUAGCCAAACCACUCAAUCAUGCAGAAGGACUGGCCAAGACUUACUAUGAUCCCAAGACUGUGGCUCGGGACAUCCUCAUUGCAUCAGGCCGACAUCCAACAGAGCGACCGUUGAAUGCGCAUAUGGCUGGCCUGUUGAACCGUCACAUCAGCAUUGACUCUGAUCUGUCGACUUUCGAUUGGGAUGCUGUCGAUCCUGGAGGACCUCCAGCUCCCCAGGUCGAGUAUACCGAAAUGACGAUGGGAUCGCCUCAACGAUCGAUCAAACCUGAUGCCAGAUUCAAUGAUAAUCACGUGACGAGGGGAGGUGACAUGCAUGCGCCAAGACUGGAUAAUCGUGACCGCGACUUUGCGUCGCGAUCUCCUCCACCUGCGGCGGCCUUCCUCCCAAUUCCACGAAAUGUCCAAUCUGUCAUUCACAGUGGCCCCAGUCGUAAUGGCAUGACAAAGGCGUCAGAGCGCAGCCAUGUGACCGAUCGGGUGCAGGCGCCCGACCUACACCAUCGACCAUACUCUCUCGUUGCCGCGAUAGGGAGAGCAGUACAGUCACUGACCGGACAAAGUAGACCGACUCCAGCUCCUAUUCCUCCUGCGCAACUUCACACGCGAGAACGCAGUAGCAGAAGAUCUUCGUCGAAUUUAGUCAAAAGCCCGACCCCCGCAUCUCGACCUCCUUCUGCUCCCGCCGCCGAACCUAACGAGAUGGCCAGUGUUGUCCCGGUUAAGAGACGGGGUCGGCCGCCUGGUUCUAAAAGCAAGAACAUGUCUGUGGCCGACAUGCAACAUGCAGCAAAACAAGUCAUGACCGUGGAGGUUCCAUCUGUAGCGGCCGCCAAUACCCCAGUAUUCAAGUGCCGUUGGAAAGGAUGUCGAGCCGAGUUGCACAAUCGCGUCACCCUACGACAGCACAUUAUCAAAGUCCACCAGGACCAAGAAGAUACUCGGCGCGAAGAGGAUGAGGAGACCGAAUAUCUCUGUUGGUGGAAAAAAUGUAAACACCUCACACAAUUUGACGACGGAAUGGUGGCACCCUCAAAAACAUUCGUAAGCCCUGCGUUGUGGUUGAAGCACAUUGAGGACGAUCACAUUUACCCGUUGACGCUCAAGUAUGGAGAUGGCCCCUCGAGCACACACAUCGGUAAGCAGACCAAGCCGCUAUUUGAUCUCUCGCGAUUUCGUUAUGACGCUUCGAUUGGCCGAACAGAUACUAGAACAUUUUCUUACUUAGAUCCCCAGACCUUACUCGCUGAUAAGACGAGAUACCUAUCGGACGAACAAGGAAGACUUGCAACCCCCUCUGUGUCGGAAGAGUCGCAAGCAGAUUUAGAGCCGGAUACAAUAACACUACUCAGUGUCGAUCAUGAUGAAACAGACCGUCAGGCCCAUCGCAGCUUUAUGAAAGCCCAUCAUCGUCAGAAAUACACGCCCAAAUCGGCCGCAGAAGAGAUGCUUCGUGCCCUGGAGGUUCAUAAAGUCAAAACAAGUGGUAUCGAGACCGACGGCGCCGUCCUAGCCACCGAGGCGAGGAGAGCGAGGUUCAUACACAAUCCUGGUAUCGCUAUGGUUGUGGACGAGGAGGAUUAAAAAGAAGUAUUUUCGGCCUCGGUGGAAGACGACAAAUGUAGUGAGGCAGUACAAAGCCCUCAACGUCAGACGACGGAGAUGGCAAAAGGAAAUGAAGCGAACGGAAGCAGCCUUUCGAGAGCUCGAGUCGAAGACGUCAAUAAACAACGACAUCACAUGGCACAUUUGAAUGUAGCUGUCAACAAAUGAAAGCACGAUAGCAUUUGCCAACUAAGAUGACUGAUAACACUAGAUGGACCGUACAAGGUUG